AUGACGCGCAUGCGACAACGAAUUGCGGAGCGAUUGAAGGCCGCGCAGAAUGCCGCGGCAAUGCUAACAACUUUCAACGAAGUGGACAUGGGGAAUCUAAUGGCAUUACGAAGCGAAUUGAACGGGCCCUUUCAGGAGGCGCACGGGGUGAAAAUGGGCUUUGUAUCUGCUUUCAUGUUGGCAGCCAGUCAGGCGAUAAAGAAAGUACCGGAGGUUAAUGCGUACAUAGAGGGAAAAGAAAUUGUCUACAAGAACUACGUGGACAUCAGCGUUGCCGUGGCGACACCAAACGGUCUGGUGGUGCCAGUAGUACGAGACUGCAACAGAAAAUCGUGGGCACAACUCGAGAAGGAUCUCGCGUCGCUAGCAGAACGCGCUCGUCGAGGUCAAAUAGCACUGGAAGAUAUGGCUGGUGGAACUUUCACAAUAUCCAAUGGUGGCGUCUACGGCAGCAUGAUGGGAACUCCAAUAAUUAAUCCUCCUCAGAGCUCCAUUCUCGGGAUGCAUGCGGUCACCAAGCGCGCUGUUGUUAGGGACGACCAGAUUGUUAUUCGGCCAAUGAUGUACGUGGCUCUAACAUAUGACCAUCGACUAAUUGAUGGAAGAGAGGCAGUGACUUUCUUGCGCCUGAUUCGCGACUAUGUGGAGGAUCCCCGGAAGAUGCUUCUCGGCGUCUAA